UGUGUGUAUUCAGUACUUCUGUUCAACCCGGCAACCAGCCUUCCGCUCUAGGCGUGCGGUCGUUGCUUGCUUCUCUAACCCAAACCUCUGUUGUUUGUUCUGGAACUCUCUCUCAAAAUCUCAUCCCUCACUUCCAUGGCGACAAUCAAUCUGUCUCCAUUACAAGCCUCCCCUUCUCUCCCCUUGCUCUAUUCGACUCCCGCUCAAGCUAGCGCCAAGCUGUCGUUCAAUUCGCCCAUCGCAAAACUAUCCACUUCCUUCCUUUCCCUUUCCUUUAGACCUAGUAGCCGUACAACUCCUCGGCGUCGUGCUUCCUUCGCCGCUGCCUCUGCAGCGCUCAAGAGUCUCUCCGAGGCAGAGCUGUUGCCCGUUCCUCCAUCUCUGGAGGAAAUCGUCGCAAAGUUCCCGUCGGAGUGCGGCGUUUAUGCCAUCCACGACAAGAACGGGGAUCUCCAAUUCGUCGGCAUCACGAAGAAUCUGGCCGCCAGCGUCGCCACUCACUCCAAAUCCGUCCCGGACCUUUGCUCCGCCGUUAAGGUUGGGGUAGUAGAAGAGGCUGACAGAGAUUCCCUGACGAAAGCAUGGAAAUCAUGGAUGGAAGAGCACAUAAAAGCCACGGGGAAAGUUCCGCCGGGUAAUGAAAACGGCAACGCCACAUGGGUCAAGCAGCCUCCGGCGAAGAAGAAGAAGGCUGACCUUCGCCUGACACCAGGGCGACACGUCCAGCUGACUGUUCCACUGGAGGAUUUGAUUGACAGAUUGGUGAAAGAAAACAGAGUGGUGGCAUUCAUCAAGGGCUCGAGAAGCGCCCCGAUGUGUGGAUUCUCGCAGAAAGUAGUGGGCAUUUUGGAGAGCCAAGGUGUGGACUACGAGAGUGUUGAUGUGCUCGACGAAGAGUAUAACUCUGGGUUGAGGGAAACCUUGAAGAAGUAUAGCAACUGGCCUACCUUCCCGCAGAUUUUCGUUCAAGGGGAGUUGCUUGGCGGCUGUGACAUUCUGACCUCCAUGUAUGAGACUGGAGAGCUUGCCGGAUUGUUGAAGAAGUGAGCUGUAUGUAUAAACCCUUGGUUUUGGAAUGGUGGGCUAGGAAGCUGAAAUGGGGUUGCUCACGAUCGCCUAGUCAAGGAGUAAUUUGGGUUGUUUCAUGGGGUUGGAAUUGGAGAUCAGGUAAAGUAACAACACGCAUUUGCGUGCGUCAAGAGAUACAUUGAAAUCGCUCCUGCUGAAUUAGUUCUUGGUCUGGUUGACGGCUUAAAAUUGCCAAUGUACUUUCUAGUUGCAUGGAGAGAUCAGAUUUAGUAUACCAACUUGUUUACUGAAAAUGCAUGAUA